GCCCUUUUCUUCACAUACCAUUUUUCACUUUUGAGUUCACCCAUCAAGAAAGCUUUCCUUAACAUGGUGCAGCAAGCUUUAUACAGAGCUUUGGUCUCCACCAAAUGGCUAGCAGAAGCUGUCCGAGCCAAAAAGAUUGGCCCUGAGUUGCGGGUGUUGGAUGCUUCCUGGUAUGAACCUGGAACGAGAAACGCCCAGAAAGAAUUCCAAGAACAGCACGUGCCUGGAGCCUCUUUUUUUGAUAUUGAAGAAUGCAAAGACAAGUCAUCGCCUUAUGAGCUUAUGCUGCCCAGUGAGAAACAUUUUGCCGAUUAUGUUGGCCACUUGGGCAUUGGGAAUGAUACCCAUGUAAUUGUGUAUGAUGGAGACAACCUGGGCACCUUCUAUGCGCCACGUGCAUGGUGGAUGUUCCGAGUCUUUGGGCAUCGAACUGUUUCAGUGCUGAAUGGGGGAUUUAAAAACUGGCUGAAGGAAGGUCAUCCAGUAACAGCAGAGAUCACCCGGCCAGAGCCAUCUGCCUUUAAAGCCAGUCUUAACAGGUCUCUCCUGAAGACCUAUGAAGAGAUGGUGGAGAACAUGGAAUCCAAGCGGUUUCAGGUAGUGGAUGCCAGAUCUGAAGGGCGAUUCCAAGGAACAGAACCUGAGCCAGGAAAGGAAGGGAUAGAACCAGGUCACAUUUCAGGUACCAUAAACAUUCCUUUCUUCAACUUCUUGACUGAGGAAGGUUUUGAGAAACCCCAAGAAGAAAUCCAGAGCAUGUUCCAGGAAAAGAAAGUGGAUCUUUCAAAGCCUUUGAUUGCCACAUGCCGCAAGGGGAUUACAGCCUGCCAUAUUGCCUUGGGAGCAUAUCUCUGUGGUAAACCAGAUGUGGCCAUCUAUGAUGGAUCUUGGUCAGAGUGGUUUCGUCGUGCCCCAUCUGAGUAUAAAGUGUCUGAAUGGAAUCGCCAUAAGGCAUAAUAACUCAAUUUUCUGUGAAGCAUAGUUCCUAAUAUUAAGCAUGAUAAAAAGAUAGGAAAAUAAAUUAAGUUCCUAUUCUUUUAUAAUUUUAUCAUUUUCUAAUCCAUGGUUGCUGCUUGCUUUUGCAAACUGGUAAUUAAAUAAAAUUGAAUUUUG